AUGUUACUUUUGUCAUUUGUCCCUCCUGGGGGGCUGGUGGUCAGGCAGGGCCAGGGCCAGGGCCAGGGCCAGGGCCAGGGCCAGGGCCAGGGGGUGUCCCCGCAGAACCAGCGGCGGUACCGCCCGCACGAGUACCCGCGGCGGCUGCGCAUCUUCCUGGGCAACAAGCGGCGCAUCGAGGAGCACAACGCGGGCAACCACAGCUUCCAGAUGGGCCUGAACCAGUUCUCGGACCUGACCUUCGCCGAGUUUAAAAAGCUGUACCUGUGGAGCGAGCCCCAGAACUGCUCAGCCACCAAGGGCAGCUUCCUGCGCACCUCCGGGCCCUACCCCGACUCCAUCGACUGGAGGAAGAAGGGGAAUUUCGUGACACCCGUGAAAAACCAGGGUGUCUGUGGGAGCUGCUGGACCUUUUCCACCACGGGCUGUUUGGAGUCUGCCAUUGCCAUUGCCACGGGAAAGCUGCUCUCUCUGGCAGAGCAGCAGUUGGUUGACUGUGCCCAGGCCUUCAACAACCACGGCUGCAGUGGGGGCCUGCCCAGCCAAGCCUUCGAGUACAUCCUGUACAACAAGGGGCUGAUGGGGGAGGACAGCUACCCCUACAGGGCCAAGAACGGCACCUGCAAGUUCCAGCCAGAGAAAGCCAUUGCCUUUGUCAAGGAUGUUAUCAAUAUCACCCAGUACGAUGAGGACAGCAUGGUGGAAGCUGUGGGGAAGCACAACCCAGUGAGCUUUGCCUUUGAGGUGACCAGCGACUUCAUGCACUACAGGAAAGGAGUGUAUUCCAACCCCCGCUGCGAGCACACCCCUGACAAGGUGAACCACGCCGUGCUGGCCGUGGGCUACGGGCAGCAGGACGGCAUUCCUCACUGGAUCGUCAAGAACUCCUGGGGCCGCCUCUGGGGCAUGCAGGGCUAUUUCCUCAUUGAGCGGGGCAAGAACAUGUGUGGCCUGGCUGCCUGUGCCUCCUACCCCGUGCCUCAGGUGUAGGGACAGGGGACAGGGAGGGGACAGGGGACAGGGAUGGGGACAGGAAGGGGACA